AUGGAUGGACCGGAAGUUCAAGUGUUGGACAUCCUGUCCCUGCGGGACACCGCUCAGACCUCGGUGGCGGUGGAGAAGCUGUGGUCCGGACUGAGCGUGCUCAGUGACGUGUAUCUGGUUUCCACGGUGACGCUGCCGCAGAAGCUCGGGGGCGUUCUGUUCGGACUCUACGACCGGGACGACCACAACAAGAUCCUUGAGGUCGCUCUGAUGGGGAAGGUCAACAAAGUCCUGGUCCGGUACUCUAAAGCAGACGGUCGUCUCCACACGCUGAACCUGCAGAACGCGCCGUUGGCUGAUGGGCGGAGUCACAGCCUCGUGCUGCGAUUGGGCGGUCUGAGGAGGCGGAGUCUCAGCGCAGAGCUCUACGUCGACUGCCGAUUGGCCGAUUCUGCCGCUUCACUUCCUCCUUUGGGAACAUCACAGAGAAACAGCGACACAGUGGAACUGCGGCACGGAGAGAAGACGUACGCGAGAGUGCAGGGCGCAGUGCAGUACCUCAGCCUGCAGCUCGGGGGCAGUGUGGCCAAAGCCGGUGCUCUGGCUGACUGUCCGUUUCAGGAUUCUACCACCGCAGCGGGAAGCGACGUGGGAGCCAUCCUCGGUGACCAUCUGAAGGCUCUGAUUGGUCAGCUCAUCAUCUUCAACCAAGUCCUGGGAGAACUGCGACUGGACAUCAGAGAACAGGUGAAAGAGAUGUCUUUGAUCCGCAACACCAUCCUGGAGUGUCAGGUUUGUGGUUUCCAUGAGCCCAGAUCCAGGUGUUCCCCAAACCCGUGCUUUAAGGGCGUGGCUUGUGUGGAGAGCCUACAGUUCCCAGGAUUCACCUGUGGCUCCUGUCCCAGCGGUUUCCAUGGCAACGGGACACACUGCGAGGACGAGGACGAGUGCUCCGUGUGGCCCUGUCAUGGCCACUCCCUCUGUGUGAACUCUGUGGGGGGCUUCAGCUGCAGCCCGUGUCCUCUCGGCCUGUGGGGGGCACCAGUGAGCGGCAGCGGACUCAGCUUUGCUAAGAAACAUAGACAGGAAUGUUCUGACAUCGAUGAAUGUUUGGAACAACCAGAAGUUUGUACGACCAACUCUGUGUGCGUCAAUACAGUGGGAUCGUACAAAUGUGGUGGUUGUCGUCCCGGUUUCCUCGGUAAUCAGACGGCCGGAUGUUUCGCCCGCACUUCCUGUUCGGGUCUGACCUUUAACCCCUGUGACGCCAACGCUCAAUGUCGAGUGGAGAGAAGCGGCGCCAUCACGUGUGCGUGUAACGUGGGGUGGGCAGGUAACGGAAACACCUGUGGUCAGGACUCGGACAUCGAUGGUUUCCCCGACCGCUCGCUCCCGUGUCAGGACACCGACCGCCACUGCCGUCAGGUGAGCCAAUCAGAGGGCAGCCGGUCUCCAUGGUAA